GGUGAACUCCCCCGAGGGCGGGAGUCCUACGGGGGCCAACACCGAUCACACAGAGCGGGGUUCAGCCCCCCAGCCCUCUGUAAGCCCUGGUCUGCAGCACGGAAACCCUCUCAAACAUCCCAGAAGUGCCGGGGUCCCGCUGCCCCCUGUGACCCCGCAGGGCAGCCAGGGUGCCCCUGGCCCCGGCCUCGCUCCUUGGUGCGAGUUCGGCUUUUCCUGUUUCAGGUCGGGCUGCGAAGCCGAUGAGGAAACGAGGCGGCGUCACACGCGCCCUCCUGACACUGCGCCCCGCGAAUGUGACCGGCGCCGUGAGGAACCGGCACGGGCCGAGCGAGGGGCUGAGGGCAGCGGCUCGGCCCCCCGGCAACGAUGUUCUCCCGGAAGAAGCGGGAGCUGAUAAAAACCCCCUCCAUCUCCAAGAAGAGCCGGGCGGGAAGCCCCGUCCCACAGACCCUGCCGGACCUGUCCCGCAAGGAUUGCCUGGAGGCUCCGGGCUGCGGCGUGGGGGAGCUGCCCCCGGGCAGUGCCAAGCUCAGCAGCAGCCCCAGCGCCGUGGGCACCCUGAAGCGCCCCACCAGCCUGAGCCGCCAUGCCAGCGCCGCCGGCUUCUCCCUGCCCGCUGCCCCCCGUAAUGUGCCCAAGGGCCACAAGACCCCCACGUCCUACAGCCCCAUGGAGGGCGGGGACGGUCCCUUCAUCGACCCCGAGGACAUCUCCCAGCUGCUGGCGGACGUCGCCCGCUUCGCCGAUGCCCUGGAGAAGCUGCGGGAUGUGGUUCUGCGCGAUGACCCCACGGAGCCCCAGCGGCCGCUGGCCCAUGAGUGCCUGGGUGAAACCCUGCGCAUCCUGCGCCAGGUCAUCAACAAGUACCCCCUGCUCAACACCCUGGAGAUCCUGACGGCCGCUGGCACCCUCAUCUCCAAAGUCAAGGGUUUCCACUACGAAUCCAACAAUGAGGCAGACAAGUGGGAGUUCGAGAAGGCCGUGGAGAUCAUCGCCGUGUCCUUCAGCAGCACGGUGUCUGAGUUCCUCAUGGGGGAGGUGGACAGCAGCACCAUCCUCUCCAUCCCACCCAGUGACCAGAACCAGACCAUGGAGAGCCUCUAUGGGGGGAUUCCUGGGCCUAGAGGAGAUGGAGUGCCCUCAGGAAUGGACAGCUAUGACACAGCCCGUCCUCCAGCCGAGGAGGUGGACGUGAUGCUGCAGCGCUGUGAGGGGGGCGUGGACGCUGCCCUGCAGUACACCAAAACCAUCUCCAAGUACAUGAAGGACCUGAUCGGGUACAUGGAGAAAAGGACCGUACUGGAGAUGGAGUUUGCCAAAGGGCUCCAGAAGAUGGCAAACAGCUGCAAGCAAACCAUCAGUCAAGAGACCAACAUGCCUUUCCUGUCCAUCUAUCUGCUGGCCCUGGAGCAGGACAUGGAGCACGGGACCUCAGUUCUGCAGGCAGCCAACACCCUGCAGCAGCAAACCUUCCUCAUGCCACUGAUGGUGAGACGCCUGGACCAUGAGAAACGCAGGAAGGAGAUCAAGGAGCAGUGGCACCGGGCACAGAGGAAGCUGCAAGAGGCGGAGGGGAACCUGCGCAAGGCCAAGCAGACGUACAUGCAGCGCAGCGAGGAGCACGACAAGGCCAAGUACAUGGCGGUGAAAGCAGAGGAGGAGCAGCAAAACACCACCAGCAGCAUCACCACCAAAACCCUGGACAAGAAGAGGCGGCUGGAAGAGGAAGCCAAGAACAAGGCAGAAGAGGCCAUGGCCACGUACCGCACCUGUGUGGCCGACGCAAACACGCAGAAGCAGGAGCUGGAGGACACCAAGGUGAACUCCCUGCGGCAGAUCCAUGAAGUGAUCAAACAGACUGACCAGGUCAUCAAGUCGGCCACCAUCUCCUUCUACCAGACCAUGCACAUGCAGACAGCACCGCUGCCCGUGAAUUUCCAGACCCUGUGUGAGAGCAGCAAGCUGUACGACCCGGGCCAGCAGUACGCGUCCCACGUGCGGCAGCUGCAGCGCGGCGACGAGCCCGACGUCCAGUACGACUUCGAGCCCUACGUGUCCCACAACGCCUGGUCUCCCUUUACUCGGCCACGGAAGGGCAGCUUCAAUACCAGCGAGUUCUCCUCGAGUGCAGAGGGGGCUGGGGCUGGCUCAGAGGGAGCAGCAGGAGCCAAGGAGGCACCAAGUGGGGCUGGAGCAGCCGAGAGAAGAGGUGGGAGGGGACACCAGGUCCAUAAAUCCUGGCCAACCUCUGUCGCUGAGGCUGACAGCAGCCUGGAUUCCAGUGCAGGUGAAUUCAGCCACAAGCUCCAGCGGCUGUCAUCCAACGGCACUGCAUCCUCCAGUGAGGAGCUGGAGGAGAAGGACGGGACCAGCACUCCCUUUGAGCAGAGCAUCAACGGGAUCACCCCUGAGCUGGCAGCUCCCACAGGGCCCUUCAGGAAUGUUGGUUUGUCCAAAGCUGCCCAGACCCAUCGGCUCAGGAAGCUCCGUGCCCCUUCCAAAUGUCGGGAGUGCAACAGCUACGUCUACUUCCAGGGAGCUGAGUGUGAGGAGUGCUGCCUAGCCUGCCACAAGAAGUGCCUGGAGACCUUGGCCAUCCAGUGUGGGCACAAGAAGCUCCAAGGGAAGCUGCAGCUCUUUGGGCAGGACUUCACAAAGGCAUCUCAGGGCAGCCCGGAUGGGAUCCCCUUCAUUGUCAAGAAAUGCAUUUCAGAGAUCGAGAAGAGGGCCCUGAAAACAAAGGGCAUCUACCGAGUUAACGGUGUCAAGACCCGUGUGGAGAAGCUUUGCCAGGCCUUUGAGAAUGGGAAGGAGCUGGUGGAGCUGUCCCAGGCCUCCCCCCACGACAUCAGCAACGUCCUGAAGCUCUACCUGAGACAGCUGCCGGAGCCCCUGAUGCCGUUCAGGCUGUACAACGAGCUGAUGGGGCUGGCCAAGGAGAGCCUGCAGGGCGGGGAGGCCAAGGGCCGCAGCGGGAAGGGCGGCCCCGAGCUGGUGGACAGAGGAGCUGACACCGACCAGGUGGUGCUGAGCCUGGUGCUGAAGCUGAGGGAGCUGCUGAAGGAGCUCCCCUGCGAGAACCUGGCCACGCUGCAGUACCUCCUGCAGCACCUGAGGAGGAUCAUGGAAGUGGAACAGGACAACAAGAUGACUUCAGGCAACCUGGGCAUCGUCUUUGGGCCAACGCUGAUGCGCCCCAGGCCCACAGAUGCCACCAUUUCCUUGUCCUCUCUGGUGGAUUAUCCACACCAAGCUCGGAUCAUUGAGGCACUCAUCAUCUUCUACCCCACCAUCUUCGAGCACAAGGACCUGGCACCAGCCAGCAGACGCGGCUCAGGCGCCACGGAGGAGGCCCACUCAGGCUCCCAGCCUGUGGCUCCUCUUGGCACCAGCCCCUACCUGGAGCUGCCGUCGGACAAGGGCGAUUUGGCUUUCAGCGCUGACUCACUCACAGAGUCUGGUGACCGCUCCGUGGACUCUGACUCGGAGCUGGAGGACAGCGCGGAGCCACGGACACACCUGAGCAAGCAGGGCAGCGAGACCAGCACGGAGGAAGUUCAUUUCUGUGAUGAGGGGAGCGAGGGGCUGCGGAGCCGCAGUUGCAGCGUGGGCCAGUCCGAUGCAGAGGGCUCCGCUCCCCGCUGCUGCAGCCCUGGGGACGAGCAAAGCGAUGGGGAGGAACAGCCCGAGAGCCGCAGCCCUGCCACGCCCAGGGAUGCCACAAACCAGCCCGGCACCCCUCGGGGCCACGGCAGCCACGAGCUGCAGCCCCGGUUCACCUAAGGCACCGGAUGGACAACGGGGCAAAUCCCAGAGGCUGCCCAGACAGUGGACACUGGAAUGUGGAGGGGUGGGAGGGACAUGUGGCAGCCCGGGGGGGUUUGGUGUGUCAGCUGCAGGCGAGUCCUGGCUGGAGCUUUCACACAAAACCCCUGAGCCCCUCGCUGCCUGGCUGGGGAGUGGGGUCACAGCAUGCUGGGACCCCUGGCUCAGCCAAGGCCAUGAAGGACUUUGCCUGGGAGGGAGCUGAGUCUUGUUCAGGAUUGGGAAGGAACCCAGGGCUGUGCCUGUGCCAGGUGUUUUAUUUUUGCUGUGCUCCUGAAUUCCACACCUGUGCUGCAAGAUCAAAGUUGGAUGAGUCAAAGAACCUGGUCAUCCCUGAUGGCUGAGGCUGGAAAGGAGCCAAGGGUGACAUGGGGACAACAAUCACUCAAGAUGGGCAGGAGAGUGGCACCACAGGGACAGAUGGAACUGGAGGCAGCUCACUGGGACAGGGACACGGCUGGAGCAGCAUUGGGGUGAAGCCCCUGCACCAUCUCACCCUGAGCCAGGCUUGGCUUUGGGGCUGUGCCAUCUGCCAGGAUCUCAGGAUGUCCCUCACUAACACCUGACUGGAGCUCAGGGUGGAUUUCCUGCCCCAAAACCUCAGCACUGUGUGGUCCUGGCCCAGCUGAUGGCAUCUGCAUUGCUGCUUGGACUGACAGGCAUUUCCCUCCUUGGCAGGAGCCAUGUGGACAGCCUCAGGGCAGAUUUGCCUGGCUGCAGGGUCCUGAGCCCUGCUGAGCUCUCAGGGUUUGGUUGUACAGUAAUUUCAUCUCCAAAAAGCUGCACUGCAAGUCCAGGACUAACUGCCUCUGCUCUUGGAAAAGGGCAAGGGGCAGCUCCCUGUGGGGAAGCGCCUCUUCCUCCUCCUCAGGGCCACCAGAGCCCGGAUCCAGCCUAGCCCCAGCCAGUAUAAUCUUGAGCUUCCUUUUCUGUAAAGACAUCACUCAACCCUUCAACGUGAUGCCACUACCUCUGCUGGCAAAGGGACUAAAGCCAAAGUGUUUUUGGUUUGUUUUUUUUUUUUUAAGCUGAGACUUUCCUGCACUGAGGCACGGAAAAACAAGUAGAGUUUUAGCUUGGAAUGAGCUGAGAGCCUUUUCCUUUGUUCUCCUGCUUGUGGGAGCCAGCCCAGGUGGUGUUGGGGGAGUCUCAGACACCUUGGUACUGCAGAACCAGGCACUGGAUGGGAGGUUUGAGCUCUCUGAAGUCGAAGGAGAACCCAUCUCAACAAAGGUACAUAAACCCAGGUUAACUCAUGGGUUUGGAACUGAGCCAGGGGAGAGCUGGAGACCCCCAGGAUUUGUUGUGCUCUCCAGUUGUUCCACAGGACAGUUGGAUUUUUCCAGGGCAGCAGGAGGAUGUGGGAGCGCUGCUGCCACGGCGGUACCGUGUGUGUGAGAGGGUGGGUGAGGAUGAUGAGGGUGAGUGUGAGUGAGAGAAGGGGCUAAAGCUGCACUUGAGCUUCCCACAGCAGCAGCUCCCUCCUGGUUGUGUCAGUUCUGUGUUUGUCCUGACAGGCUGUGCUGCUGCACGACGCUGCCUUGCUGUGUUCUCAUUGACAAGCUUCCCAAACAAUCAAUAAAACCAGUGUGUUCUGA